AUGCAACUUGAAGAGGUGAAGGCUGCUGUUUCUGCACUGUGGAACACUCGUGGCUUGAACUGGCCUGCAGCAUUUGAGCAGCAGAGGCAAAAAGCUGGGGAUUUGGACCUUCUCGAUUGGCUAAGAGCCAUGUUUGGCUUCCAGAGAGACAAUGUCAGGAACCAGAGGGAACAUUUGAUUUUACUACUUGCUGACAAUCAUAUAAGGCUUAACCCCAAGCCGGAACCUCUUAAUAAGCUAGAUGAACGAGCUGUUGAUGCUGUGAUGAACAAGAUUUUUAAAAAUUACAAAAAUUGGUGCAAGUUUUUAGGACGAAAACACAGUUUACGUCUCCCUCAAGGUCAGCAAGAAAUACAACAGAGAAAGAUUCUGUACAUGGGUCUAUAUCUUCUUAUCUGGGGUGAGGCAGCCAAUGUUCGCUUCAUGCCAGAAUGUCUAUGCUAUAUUUUUCACAAUAUGGCGUAUGAACUUCAUGGCCUGUUGGCCGGAAAUGUAAGCAUUGUCACCGGAGAAAAUAUCAAGCCUUCUUAUGGUGGAGAUGACGAGGCAUUCUUGAGGAAGGUCAUAACGCCAAUUUACCGUGUCAUUCAAAAGGAAGCCAGUAAGUGCCAAAAUGGAAAAGCUUCACACACAAAGUGGUGCAAUUAUGAUGAUCUUAAUGAGUAUUUUUGGUCAACUGAUUGCUUCUCCCUUGGUUGGCCUAUGCGCGAUGAUGGAACUUUUUUUAGAUCAACACAGGACAUGGGAAGAAAGGCUUCUCCAAGAAAAUCUGGAAGCACAGGCAAAUCUUAUUUUGUGGAAACCCGAGCUUUUUGGCACAUCUUUCGAAGUUUUGACCGAUUGUGGACAUUUUACAUACUAGCUCUUCAGGCAAUGGUUAUCUUUGCUUGGAGUGGGGCCUCAUUUUCAGAAAUUCUUCAAAAGGAUGUCUUAUAUAGCAUAUCCAGUAUCUUCAUUACAGCAGCCUUUCUUCGCUUUCUUCAAAGUAUUUUGGACCUUCUUCUGAACUUUCCGGGGUUCCAUAGAUGGAAAUUCACUGAUGUGCUGAGAAACAUGCUGAAGAUAAUUGUUAGUCUCGCAUGGUUCAUUAUUCUUCCAUUGUGUUAUGCACAGGCCUUCAACGUGUCCCGGAGGAGAAUCAGAGAUUCAUUGUCAUUCCUUCGUGAUGUGAAGGAAAUCCCUCCCCUAUACGUUAUAGCUGUGGUAGUAUAUUUGAUUCCAAAUAUUUUGGCUGCUGCUUUGUUUAUCUUUCCCAUGUUUCGAAGAUGGAUUGAGAACUCAGACUGGCUUGUUAUCAGAUUCCUUUUGUGGUGGUCACAGCCAAGAAUUUAUGUUGGGAGGGGGAUGCACGAAAGUCAAUUUGCACUUAUAAAGUAUACCUUUUUCUGGGUGCUACUUUUGUGUUCAAAAUUUGCAUUCAGCUAUUUUAUCCAGAUAAAACCUCUGGUAAAGCCAACUAAAGAUAUAAUGAACAUUAAGCAUGUAGAUUACAAGUGGCAUGAGUUUUUCCCAAACGCGAAACACAAUUAUGGAGCAGUUUUGUCCCUCUGGGCACCAGUAAUCUUGGUCUAUUUUAUGGAUACUCAAAUAUGGUAUGCUGUUUUCUCAACUAUAUAUGGUGGCUUUGUUGGAGCUUUUGAUCGCUUAGGAGAGAUAAGAACUCUAGGCAUGCUAAGAUCACGGUUCCAAUCCUUACCUGGUGCAUUUAACGCAUAUUUGGUGCCUUCUGAUAAGACAAAAAAGAAGAGGUUUUCUUUUUCAAAGAGAUUCGCUGAGGUUUCAGCAAGCAGGAGAAGUGAGGCUGCAAAAUUUGCUCAGUUAUGGAAUGAAGUAAUAUGUAGUUUCCGUGAAGAAGAUCUCAUUAGUGACAGGGAGAUGGAUUUGUUGCUAGUUCCUUAUUCAUCAGAUCCUAGCCUCAAAUUAAUUCAGUGGCCUCCCUUUCUGCUAGCAAGCAAGAUCCCAAUAGCUUUGGAUAUGGCAGCUCAGUUUCGGUCAAAGGAUGCUGAUCUCUGGAAACGCAUUUGUGCUGAUGAAUACAUGAAAUGUGCUGUGAUAGAAUGCUACGAAUCCUUCAAGCAUGUCCUCAAUGUUCUGGUGGUUGGAGAAAAUGAGAAAAGGAUAAUUGGCAUUAUCGUUAAAGAAAUUGAAAGCAACAUUUCAAAGAAUACAUUUCUUACAAAUUUCAGAAUGGGUCCCUUACCUGCUCUUUGCAAGAAAUUUGUGGAGCUUGUGGAGAUUUUGAAAGAUGGUGAUCCAUCCAAGCGAGAUAAUGUGGUAUUAUUGCUGCUGGACAUGUUAGAAGUAGUUACCCGUGAUAUGAUGGUGAAUGAGAAUCGCGAAUCGAUGGACCUUGGACAUGGCGGAAAGGAUUCAGGAAGGCAACUUUUUUCUGGUACUGAUGCAAAACCUGCUAUAAUGUUCCCUCCUGUAGUUACAGCACAGUGGGAUGAACAGAUAAGGCGUCUUCAUCUUCUUUUGACUGUAAAAGAAUCUGCUAUGGAUGUACCAACAAACCUUGAAGCACGUAGAAGGAUUUCAUUCUUCACGAAUUCCUUGUUUAUGGAUAUGCCACGUGCUCCCCGAGUCCGUAAAAUGCUUUCAUUCAGUGUCAUGACCCCAUAUUACAGUGAAGAGACUAUUUAUUCGAAGUCUGACCUUGAAAUGGAGAAUGAAGAUGGUGUAUCAAUCAUUUACUACUUGCAAAAGAUCUACCCAGAUGAAUGGAACAACUUCAUGGAACGACUCAAUUGUAAAAAGGAGAGUGAAAUUUGGGAAAAUGAAGAAAACAUUUUGCUUCUACGUCAUUGGGCCUCCUUAAGAGGUCAAACUCUUCUCCGCACAGUUAGAGGGAUGAUGUAUUACAGACGGGCUUUGAAACUUCAGGCCUUCCUUGAUAUGGCUAGAGAGACUGAGAUACUAGAAGGCUAUAAAGCAAUUUCAAUUCCAUCUGAGGAAGAUAAGAAAAGCCAAAGAUCCCUGUAUGCUAAACUAGAGGCAGUAGCAGACAUGAAAUUCACAUAUGUUGCUACCUGUCAAAAUUAUGGAAAUCAGAAGCGGAGUGGUGAUCGCCAUGCAACAGAUAUCCUGAAUUUGAUGGUUAACAAUCCCUCCCUACGUGUUGCAUAUAUUGACGAAGUUGAAGAAAGUGAUGGUGUAAAAGCUCAGAAGGUUUACUAUUCUGUGUUGAUCAAAGCUCUUGAUAAUCUUGAUCAGGAAAUCUAUCGUAUAAAAUUGCCAGGUUCUGCAAAAUUAGGAGAAGGAAAGCCUGAAAAUCAGAAUCAUGCGAUAAUAUUUACCCGAGGUGAAGCUCUUCAAGCCAUUGACAUGAAUCAGGAUAAUUACUUAGAAGAAGCAUUCAAAAUGCGCAACCUUCUUGAAGAAUUUCAUGAGGAUCAUGGGGUGCGUCCACCUACAAUUUUAGGUGUUCGUGAACAUAUCUUCACAGGAAGUGUCUCUUCUCUGGCUUGGUUCAUGUCAAAUCAAGAAACGAGUUUUGUCACCAUUGGUCAAAGAGUUCUUGCAAGACCAUUGAAGAUUCGGUUCCAUUAUGGGCAUCCAGAUGUGUUUGAUAGAAUCUUUCACAUCACCAGGGGUGGCAUCAGCAAGGCUUCUCGUGGUAUCAAUUUGAGCGAGGAUAUCUUUGCCGGUUUCAAUUCAACAUUAAGACGAGGGAAUGUCACUCAUCAUGAGUAUAUUCAAGUAGGGAAAGGUCGAGAUGUUGGACUCAACCAAAUCUCUCUUUUUGAAGCAAAAGUAGCAUGUGGCAAUGGGGAGCAAACCCUCAGCAGGGAUAUCUACAGAUUGGGCCAUCGUUUUGACUUCUUCCGCAUGCUUUCCUGCUAUUUUACAACAAUUGGCCUUUAUGUCAGUGCAAUGAUGGUUGUCCUUACCGUCUAUGCUUACUUGUAUGGCAAGCUUUACCUAUCAUUGAGUGGAUUGGAGGGUUCAAUAAUAAAAUAUGCAAGGAUUAGGGGAGAUGAUCCGCUAAAGGCAGCCAUGGCCUCGCAAUCCCUUGUCCAAAUAGGUCUUUUGAUGGCCUUGCCCAUGGUCAUGGAGAUGGGACUGGAGAGAGGGUUCAGAACAGCAUUAGGUGACAUAAUCAUCAUGCAGCUUCAGCUUGCUGCUGUUUUCUUUACCUUCUCCCUUGGUACAAAGGCCCAUUAUUAUGGACGAACUGUGUUGCAUGGAGGGGCAAAAUACAGAGCUACUGGGCGUGGUUUUGUGGUCCGGCAUGAGAAGUUUGCUGAGAACUAUAGGAUGUACUCAAGGAGCCACUUUGUCAAAGGGCUGGAGCUGAUGAUAUUGCUUAUAUGUUAUCAGAUAUAUGGAAAGGCAGCAACUGAUGCAACAGCCUAUGCAUUUCUCACAUUCUCAAUGUGGUUCUUAGUGGCUUCUUGGUUGUUUGCUCCUUUCCUUUUUAACCCAUCUGGAUUUGAAUGGCAGAAGAUUGUAGAUGAUUGGGAUGAUUGGACGAAGUGGAUAAGCAGCCAGGGAGGUAUCGGUGUACCUGCAAACAAAAGCUGGGAGUCUUGGUGGGAAGAGGAGCAGGAGCACCUUCAACAUACUGGCCUUCUGGGUCGAUUAUGUGAGAUUAUUCUUGCCAUGCGCUUCAUCGUCUAUCAAUAUGGAAUUGUCUAUCAACUACAAGUGACCAGGGAAAGUUCAGCUGGCAGAAGUCGGAGCAUUGCUGUUUAUGGUCUGUCCUGGCUGGUAAUUGUUGCUGUGAUGAUCAUCUUAAAGAUUGUUUCCAAGGGCAGAAAAAAAUUUAGCGCAGAUUUCCAGUUGAUGUUCAGACUUCUUAAGUUGUUUCUGUUUAUAGGAUUUAUGGUCAUUCUUGUUAUCCUGUUUACCACCCUUCAUCUCACAGUUGGAGACAUUUUUCAGAGCUUACUAGCCUUUCUGCCUACCGUAUGGGCGCUUCUGCAGAUAUCACAAGCAUCAAGACCAUUGUUAAAGGGUAUCAAAAUGUGGGGGUCUGUGAAGGCUCUUGCUAGAGGAUAUGAAUACAUGAUGGGAUUGGUCAUCUUUACACCAGUAGCUGUACUGGCCUGGUUCCCAUUUGUAUCGGAGUUCCAGACCAGGCUUCUGUUCAACCAAGCAUUCAGUCGAGGGCUUCAGAUCCAACGUAUUCUAGCUGGUGGGAAGAAGAACAAAUAGGUGCUGCCUCUACUUGAUCUUGAUUAUAAUUUUGGUGGGCCAUGGCCAUGUCCCCUGUUCAUAUGUACCAUAGAGAUGGCCGCAACAUGAAAGUGUCUGUUGUGUUUUAUCUUUGGCCUUGGUCGUAUUUGAAAGAAUG